GAGAGGGGGGAGAGGAUAGGAUAAAGAUCUCCCCCACGAUCACCCAUGACGUUUACUUGAUAUAUCUAUCUGUUUCCUCUCAAUCGGUAGAGAAAAAGAUCUGAUCUUUUUUCUUUUACCAGUUCUUGAUUUGGACGAUGAGGAGUGGCAGAGCACAUCCGCAGUUCAGAGUGUCCCCGGAGGAUGAUGCCGGCGGCGCCGGAGAAGCCAACGGAUCUGGCGAGAUCAGGUUCCGGGGCGUGAGAAAGAGACCCUGGGGGAAAUUCGCGGCUGAGAUCAGAGACCCUUGGAAGAAAACCCGUGUUUGGCUCGGGACCUUCAACUCCGCCGAGGCCGCCGCCAGAGCCUAUGACGCCGCCGCCCGGAACCUCCGUGGCCCGAAAGCUAAGACCAACUUCCCGUCGCCGCCUGCUCCUCUCCAUCCUCAUCUCCCUCCUUAUCACCAUCAUCAGAGUUUUCAAUUCAACCCCAGGGUAAAAGAUUCGUCCUUUGUCGACCAAAGAAUUUACUCCGAUCAUCAUCCUAUUAUCUCCCAGAGGCCGACCUCCAGCGGCAUGAGUAGUACGGUGGAGUCCUUCAGUGGGCCCCGGCCUCCUCGGCUUCUGCCGCCUUCUCGGCCGUUGGUGGUCCCGGAUGAUUGUCACAGUGACUGUGAUUCGUCUUCCUCAGUCGUGGACGACAUGGGCUGUGAAUACAUUGCCUCUUCUUCUUUCAGAAAGCCCUUUCCUUUCGACCUGAAUUCCUUGCCUGCAGAGGAACCUGAGGAUUCCGAAGCCUAUGAUGACAUCCGGUGCACAGCUUUGUGUCUCUGACGGUCAGCAAUGGCGAUUCUUCAUUUGUAACCAAUAUUGAUUGCCUAAUUUUACUUUUUCUUUUUCUUUUACUUUUUAAAUUUUAUUUUACCAUCUCCGCUUUAUGGCGCGGAAGAAGGCCGGGAAUCAAGAAGGAAGACAGUGGAUCAUGGUUAUUAGAGCCAAAGACUGAACCUUUUAUCAAAUGGUUUGUCUGUGAUGAGUCUGCUCUUUGAAGUGGAUUUUCAUGUUAAUCAAUUAUGAUGCCUGUUUCAGUGUUGUUUGAUGCAUAUUAUCUGAUGUUAUGUCUUCUGCUUGCUCUUAUGUU